AUGGCAGUUUCGGCUCCCACCCCCAAGCUGGAUCGCUACAUUGUCAUCCACGUCGCAACCACCUGUGACGAGCAUGGCGUCUACGUCACCAAGGAUUCCGCCGAGGUGAUUGAGUUGGGGUGGAUCUUGUUGGAUACCAAAACCUGCGAGGAGCUGCAUCGUGAAAGUGUCCUGGUCAAACCCGUCAACACUCCCAUCACGCCUCUCUGCACCAGCCUGACCACUCUGACAUGGGAGCACGUCCGCUCGGCAGGUACCUUCCGCGAUGCCAUCAAUCGCUUCGACGCCUUCGCCCAGGAACACCUCAUCAGCAAGAACCUGGAGUUUGCCUUUGUCACAUUGGAUUCGUGGGAUCUCCGCGUCCAGCUGCCCCGUGAAGCCCGAGACAAGGCGGUCGUCUUGCCGCCUUAUCUCCAACACUCCCGCACCUUCGACCUGCGCACCGAGUACCAGCGGUGGCAGACUCAUCACCCGGAGUCCCUCCCCUUCGGUCCCAGCUCUCUCUCCAACAUCUGCGCCGCCCUCGAAGUCGAACCCGUCCAGACCUCCGCCCCCAUCAAGCAUAACCUCCCCUUCCAUCUCCAGGCUCUGGCCCCUGCUUCGCCCCGACGGGCUAUGGAGGAAGCCGUCACGCUCGCCCGUGUGCUGCGUGGUUUGAUUCGCAAGUCCCAGCCCCCUCACGAACAUCCCGAGAUCUUGACUCGUCCCAUGGAUGCCCGUGCGGACGUGCGGGCCUUCCUCGCCGAGCGCAGCAAGGUCCUCCACCUCAGCGGCUUGCCCCAUGAUACUACCCAGUCGGAGCUGGAGAGCUGGUUCACUCAGUUCGGUGGCCGUCCCAUCGCCUUCUGGACCCUUCGCACACCGGAUCAGCACAAGCCCACUGGCACUGGCUUUGCCGUCUUCUCCUCCCACGAAGAAGCGGCUGAAAGCCUCUGUAUGAAUGGUCGCGCCCUGAACGAAAAGGCCAUCGAGGUCUCCCCCUCGUCCAGCCGUGUUCUGGACCGUGCGGCCGAGAUCCUGACGCCCUUCCCGCCCUCGAAGAACCGCCCGAGACCCGGUGACUGGACGUGCCCCUCCUGCGGAUUUUCCAACUUCCAGCGUCGUACGGCCUGUUUCCGCUGUUCUUUCCCGGCUAUGGCUGCGGCUCCCGACCCGCUGGGAUACGGUGCGGCUUAUGGCUACGGACCCCCAUCGAUGAUGCCUCCCCACAUGGGACACGGUCACGGCAUGGGCCACUCCCGUAUGGGCGGCAACGGUGGUGUCGUUCCUUUCCGCGCGGGUGAUUGGAAGUGCGGCUCGGAGGGUUGCGGCUACCAUAACUUCGCGAAGAACAUCAACUGUCUCCGUUGCGGUGCCCCUCGUUCCGGCGCUGCGGUCGUUGCCGACUCGGCUUUCCCGUCUCCCAUGGAUCCCCCCUCUGGUUUCGGCAUGGGCCCGAACUCGAUGACCAGCACUCCAGCUCCGGGCCCCUUCACGUCGAGCGCCGGUGGCUUCGGCGGAUUCAACCAGCAGUUCGGUGCGCCGCCUAGCAACUAUGGCUUGCCUUCCGGCCUGGGUAACGCCCCGGGAGGAUACCCCCCGAUGGGACAGAUGGGUGGUUACGGCUCUACCACGUCAUCCCACUCGGCCGCCUCGUUCGCCAACCCCGCCACGCAAGCUGCCUUUACCGGUGCCGAUGCUUCGUCCACCAGCGCUUCGAACGGCAACUUCUACGGCAACGAUGGCUCGAGCGACCCGUUCGCCUUCCUCUCCACGGGACUGGGAGGAUUGUCGAUGGGCGACGAUGCCCACUCGCGUCGCAACGGCGCCGGGGCCAGCAAGUCUCCGGCGUAA